AUGGCGGGACGUCGUCCCACGGGGCUCCGGGUGGCCUGGCUGGAGAAGAGGGUCGGACGAGCGUGGGGUGACCUCGGAGGUCCCAUCCCACCUCACCCACCCCGCGGCUCCGCAAGAAGCGUCGCCGCCGGAGGAACUAUUCGGCCACCACGGAACCGUCUGGAAAACUCAACUCCGGCGGAGGCCAAACAGCUCCGCGGAGCAACCGGAGCCCCCCCGACCCCCCCCCCCCCCUGCACCCACGGGAUAGUCCCGGGAUCACCGGAGCCCCCCCGGGACGCUCCCCUUAACUCCCGGCACCACCGGAGCCCCCCCCCCCCCCGGGACACCACCGGGACGGUCCCGGGAUCACCGGAGCCCCCCCCCCCGGGACACCCCGCCCUGCACCCCCGCGACCAGCGGGACGGUCCCGGCACCACCGGAGCCCCCCCGGGACGGUCCCGGGACCAGCGGAGCCCCCCCGGGACGCUCCACCCUGCACCCCCGGGACCACCGGGACCCCCGGAGCCCCCCCGGGACGGUCCCGGGACCCCCGGAGCCCCCCCGGGACGCUCCACCCUGCACCCCCGGGACCACCGGGACCGUCCCGGGACCACCGGAGCCCCCCCGGGACGGUCCCGGGACCCCCGGAGCCCCCCCCGGGCCACCCCACCCUGCACCCCCGGGACGGUCCCGGGACCCCCCGGAGCCCCCGGGACGGUCCCGGGACCCCCGAAGCCCCCCCCCCCCGGGACGGUCCCCCUCGACUCCCGAGCCGGCCCCGGGACUCCCGGGACUCCCGGACCCCCCCCCCCCGGCCCCCACCCGUCCCGGUCCCAGUUCUCGGUCCCAGUUCCCAACCCCGGUCCCAGUUCCCAGUUCCCCGGUCCCCGGUCCCAGUUCUCGGUCCCAGUUCCCAACCCCGGUCCCAGUUCCCAGUUCCCCAGUCCCCGGUCCCGGUUCUCGGUCCCAGUUCCCAAUCCCGGUCCCAGCUCCCAGUUCCCCAGUCCCAGUCCUGGUUCUCGGUCCCAGUUCCCAAUCCCGGUCCCGGUUCCCCGGUCCCGGUCCCCGGUUCCCAGUCCCAGUUCCCCAGUCCCAGUCCCAGUUCCCAAUCCCAGUCCCGGUUUCCCAGUCCCAGUCCCAGUUCUCGGUCCCAGUUCCCAAUCCCGGUCCCGGUUCCCCGGUCCCGGUCCCCUGUUCCCAGUCCCAGUUCCCCAGUCCCAGUUCCCAAUCCCAGUCCCGGUUCCCCAGUCCCAGUUCUUGGUCCCAGUUCCCAAUCCCGGUCCCAGUGCCCUGUUCCCAGUCCCGGUUCCCCAGUCCUGGUCCCAGUUCUCGGUCCCAGUUCCCAAUCCCAGUCCCAGUUCUCAGUCCCAGUUCCCAAUCCCGGUCCCAGUCCCCUGUUCCCAGUCCCGGUUCCCCAGUCCCAGUUCUCAGUCCCAGUUCCCAAUCCCAGUCCCGGUUCCCCAGUCCCCAAUCCCAGUCCUGGUUCUUGGUCCCAGUUCCCAAUCCCGGUUCCCUGUUCCCGGUUCCCCAGUCCCUGUCCUGGUUCCUCAGUCCCAGUCCCGGUCCCAGUCCCCUGUUCCUGGUCCCAGUCCCGGUCCCAGUUCCAGUUCUCGGUCCCAGUUCCCAAUCCCGGUCCUGGUCCCCUGA